GCCGGUAAUGGGUUGAUAUGAUGAUUCUGUUGUUAUUUUACAGGAGUCAAAUUCAUAACAUCCAGGAAAGGGAAGUGUCUUAUGCUGUACAAAUCUUUCACUUACAACAAGCAAAAUACAAAUAAGAAUGGGGAAAGAUGGUACUGUUCGUCCCAAAGCUCCAGGAAGUGCACUGCUCAAGUAUUCUUAGCCAACGAUGGUUCCAUCACCGACACUCAAAUUGUUCACAGCCAUCCACCGCCUGAAUUUUAUGUCGAUAAGCACGGAGGGAGUCAAAUUCAUAUCAUCUAGGAAAGGGAACUGUCUAUUGCUGUACAAAUCGUUCACUUACAACAAGCAAAGUACUAAUAAGAAUGGGGAAAAGUGGUACUGUUCGUCACGACGCUCCAGGAACUGCACAGCGCAAACGUUCUUAGCCAACGAUGGUUCCAUAACCGACACUCAAAUCGUUCACAGCCAUCCACCGCCUGAAUUUUAUGUCGACAAACACGGAGGCUACGUGAGAUUAUCUUAACCCUCCUUAACACCAUCCGCCAAGAUUGACGACCGGUGAAUAGUGUAUGAUAGCUAACACCUUCGUGGAGAUCACCACACAAUCGUGUAUCGCUAGAGAUGAAGCCGGAAGUAAAAAUGCAUAUUAUUAUCGAAUGUGAUAUUAUCGUUUGUGUCAAUAAAUAAAUACUUUUUCUACAAGCCUGGUGCGUCAUACUUAUUUGUAUUGUCAUCAUGAAGCUUGAAACAGUAGCUGCACUAUUUAUUUAAUUUGUAUAUUACAUAAAUGAGCAUUGUUCAUUAUUAAGAUAACAAAUCAGAUUAACUCCUGUCUCCUGUUUUAACUCCGUCUAGUAGAUUCGGCUGAAAAAAUGCUAUGACACAGGUCAGAUACUUGUGACCUUGUAAAGCGAGGGCAAAACCGCCGCGUCCAACCUGUGUCCUUAGCAGCUUUCAAGUUUGCGUUCUGCGAGCGAUCACAAGACUCACUCGAACGCGCGCUUACUGUGAUUGGUGUUAUGCUGUACGUAAAGGUCGCAGGUUGCAGGACGUCGUUGUUUGGUCAAGGGCUGCGAGUUUGCAUUCAGUAUGCACAUUUCAUGACACAGGGAAUCUUAGUGUGAAAAUCACAGACUUAAUCUGUGGUAUGUACAAUAUUCUGCUUACUUUUUAAUUAUGUUUGAAUAAAUUGAUCGUGCUGCGGCCUUGACCUGGUGAAUCGAAAGAUAUGGAAUUUUAGCUUUAAAUAUUUAUAAACAGUUACCCAACAAUAAUAGGGGGAUAAGGCAU